CUCCCCCUCCCUCAGUCUUGCCGCGUCGGGGUGAGGGGAGGGCCGCGCAUAGCCUCUCUCAUUUGUUUUGGACGCACGCUGUGUUCCUCCUGCCACUGCUCUUCCCUCCCGUGUGCUGUUCCCUCUACUCCCCGCAAGUGCUGAGGCGCCGAGAGAUACAUGAAGUGAGAGCCGUUAGCGCCGAGAGAGAGAGAGAAAACGGGGAUUAUUUUUACCAAGGCAUUGUUUGUGCACGUUUCUCUCGGCUUUGUUCUCUUAAGGUCUUUCAAAGGAGGUCUUUCCACGGGGUUCUCAGGUCCUCAGCCACCCCGGUUCGCGUGUCUGGGUUAUUGUUUUUUUAGUAUUUUUGGGGUGUAGUGCAGGCGGAAUGGUCAGGCAGGGCAGGUGGCCCCGCGCCGCCUCCUGCUGGUGACAAGGCCGUGGCGUGGCUUCCCUCACGUCCUCACAAGGGAGAAUGGCGUGACGCACAGGUGUAGGCAUCGGGCGUGUGUGUGAGUGCGUGUGUGGGUGAGUGUGUGAGUGCCUGUGUGUGAGAGAGAAAGAGAGAGUGUGUCAGUGUGCGUGUGGAGGAGGAGGACGAGGACGAGGAGGCAGCAAGCAGCAGCCAGGCAAGGCAAACAAGGCAGGCGAGGCGAGGCGAGGCAAGCACACAUCUCCAUUCGGAGAAAUCGAAGUGCCUGACCCCGCCACGCCGCUCAUGAGAACACGAAGGCGGGGAAGGAGGCGGCGGCUGUCACCCUAAGCCACUCCAGCCCACCAUGGCCAGUGCGGCGGGGACACAAGCCAUCCAGCAGGCACAGCAGGCGCAGCAGAACCCGCAGCAGAAUCCACAGCAGCAGAACCCGCAGCAGAACCAGCCUCCGAGCUCCCAGCAGCAGCAGCAGCAGCAGACGCAGCACAAACGCCAGGCAUCAUGCAAGACAAAAAGCUCCUCCGCGGACUACGCCAAUGUGCGGACCACCGAGGCCACACAGACUCAGAUCCUGGAGCGCAUGGUGGGAGAUCGAGUGUGUGUGACGAGGCCGGACGAGGACAGGAGGAGGAGGACAAUUAUAGUGGAGAAGGAGAACAACAGCUUCGGGUUCACUAUUCAGAGUUACGGCAUCCACUACAAGCGAGAUGGAGAGAUUGAAGUAAUAACCUAUGUGGAUUUUGUGGAGUACAGUGGACCGGCGUUUCGAGCUGGCAUGAGGGAAGGUGACGUGAUCCUCUCCAUCAACGGCCAGGACAUGGAGAAGGCAGACCACAAGACACUGGUUAACUUCAUCCAAAGCUGCGGAGACAGAAUGAGGAUGGUUGUGCUUUUUGAAGACUGCGUGCAUAAGGUGGAGCUACACAUGCGGUACAUCCAGCUGCAGCGCCUCCUGCAGGAGAAGAUGAACGACCUGGAGCGGCUGUGUCACCAGGAGAAGUCGCUGCUGGCGGGUAAGUUAGGCUCGUCCCCUGCGCGCCACGCCUACAACAUCGCUCACGCCCGCCUGCUGGACUGGCUCAAGGCUCAGCGCCGCCUCCUGCCGCCCCCCCGCUACCUCACCUGCCUCCUCCCGCCCACCACGCCCCCACACACCGCCGCGCUCCUACACCACCACAUUCACCACAACCCUCACCCCCCUCACCUCCCUCACCACCACCACUCUCACUCCACUACAGGUAUGCGGCACCACUACCACCACCACCACCACCACCACAAUCACCACCACCACCUCCCGGGUGCCUCACACAGCUGCAGGCACUCGGGACACAGCCAUCCCCUGCCCCACACUCCCGCCCUCACACCGCGGGAGGAGGGGGGCGGGGCCCUGGCGGGGGAGUCAGGGAGGGAGCCGGGGCGCCGCCCAAGCGCCAUGGCGCCCACGCCCCCGCCUCCCCCAACCCUGCCGCCCCGGCGCGAGGCGCGGAGCCCCGAGCCCAUCCCCCCGCGCACUGCCCCUCCCACCAGCCUGCUGCCCUCCACAGACUUCCACUUUAGCCUCUACACAAACCCCAACGCCCUGCCUCUCUGCAGCCCCGCCGGCAGCGCAUGCCUGCCCUGGGGAGCUCGCCGCCUUUACGCUAACACGCCUCCCGCUGACCUGCGUAGCCUGCCCGCGGCAGGGACCGACUUGCCCUACACGCCUCCGCCGCCGCCGCCACCUGCCUGCACCAACCCGAUGUGUUGCGGCGGCCACGCCUCCAGACAGGACCGUCGCGGGCCGAUGACGCCGGGGGAGAGGGAGUCGAGGGGCCGCGGGCCAGGCCGGGCGGGGGAGAAGGGCGAGGCGCGGGGCUUCCCCAGCCACCGGCGUGCCCUAAGCGCUGAGGCGUGGCGCGCGCCUGACGAAACGGACUCCUGGCACGAGGCGGAGCUGUCCAGGCUGAGGGAGUCCCGCGCCGGCCCGGAGGUCCCCGCCCUGGACUCCAGCGUGCCGGGGCGGCCUCAGGCGGGAGGCGGGGGCCGAGGCAGCGGGGCGAGGAAGGAGCAGGCGGCGAAGCAGAGCAGUCGCAGCAGCAGGACACCUGACGGCGAGGAGGGCGGCCUGCGUAGGUCCAACUCUGCUCGGCUCAGCAAGGCGUACUCCAUCUCAUGCGUGCCCGGUGACCAGUGCCUCGGCUACGACUCCGUCAUCCGGGAACUGAAGGGCACGCCGCGCUCCACACCCCGCAAGGAACCCGUCACGCCGCCGGCGCCGCCAUCACCGCCGGCGUCCAUUGGGCUGUGUGGGCUGGAGGUGUACGACCACAGCCCCAAACGCCCCACACGGCGCUCCGUGUUCCACUACUGCACCUCCAGCCUGCCCCACCGCCGAGCCGCGCGGGCCAAGAAGAAGCGAGAAUCCACCUCGGCGCCGCGGGUCAAGUCCUCCUCACUGGACGAGGACAAGCUCACCAACCUGUCGGGCCCCGAGGACGGCCAGGACAAGAUCGAGUACGGGUUGGAGGACGAACCAGAGGAGGUGUCGUCCCACGUGCGGCCCAGCGAGCUGCAGCUGCGCCAUUUCCUCUCACUGCCCUUCGGCGGCGGCCGUCCAGCCGUCUCCACGCCAGAGCCUGGCAUUGUGCGUGGCGGCUCCUUCACCGAGCCACACCGGCCCCGCCCCGCCUCGGGGGAACGCCACUGGAGCUUCUCGCAGCCAGCCCGUAGCGAAGGUACUCCGGGCCGCGACGCGCCCCCCAAGACAGCCAAACAGAGGUCCUGCCAGUCCCUGUGCGAGCCGCCGCCUGACAAAAGGGAGAGUCCGCCCAAGAAGACUCCGGCCAUCAGUCGUUCCGAGUCAUUCCGGCUGUCCACGCAGUCCCUGGCGGGGCCGCCGCCCGCCCGGGAAUGUUCCAAGGCGUCCUGUCCACACAGCACAAAGACGCGACAGCUGGUCAGGAUGCAGGCCAAGGAGAGCAGCACCGAAGCCUCGGAUCCCUUCAUCCUAAACCGCCUGGCGGUCACCCACACCAAGUCAGAGGACAUAACAGCCAGCUCGGCCUGGCGGAAACCCCCGCCGCCCACCAGACCGGAGUGGAGCAGCGGAUCAACUGAGAAGAUGCGGCGGAAGAGUGGCGGCGGGGCGAGGCGGGAGCGUGACGCGGAGGGGCGGGAAAGCCUCACCGCCAGCUGGAUCGCCGCCUCCACGGCGACGGAGGAGGCGCGUGGGUGGGUGGCCACCAGGAAGGGGUCCUUUAAGUCUCAGGUCAAGCACAAAUCACGGCUGCAGGAGCCCCAGCCGCCCCUGCAGCAGCAGACUGUCAAACAACCUCAACAACCCCCGCAGCCCCAGCAGCCAGCGCGCCGCAGCCGCUCCAGCUCCUCCUUUUCCUGGGCGGGCAGCGAGGAGCGCGCCAGCGGCGCCACCUCCGACCACUCAGGGCGCACCGUCAUCUCGGCACGCUCCCGCUCCCUGUGUACAGACUCCCUCGUCACGCCUGCCCGCGAGACCGCCGCCUCUGUCGCCGAUGUUUACCGCUACGCCCCGCCGCCACAGGAGCCUCGCCUGAGGUCAGACUCGCUCGAGGCUCGCUGGUCGUCAGACAACUCCCUGGAGGAGCGGCCCGGAGAGGCCCGUACGCCCGCCUACGACAGCAUCCCCUCAGAGGUGUCCAGCGAGUCUUCGGUGUACGGCACGCCCCGCCCCAGGCAGUACCUGGCCACCCGCGGCGAGGACCAUGGCGUUCUCUCAGACGACGAGGCCUCUGUCGACCUGGACGCAGCCCCGCGGCCCCGCAGGAACCUGCCGCCACGCCGCAGGAAGUCUCAGGGCGCCCGCCCCGGCGAGGAGGCGCCCCGUCCCCCGGGGGACAUCAGGGGCGCCUUCACUCCACCUGCCCUUCCCUUCCCUCCCCCUCCCUGGCCCGCCAUGCCUCCGCGGGCGGCCUCCUCCCCCCAGGAAUCCUCGGGCAGCGAGUGGUUCCCUGCGGGGGAGGUGAGCCGCACCGUGGGAGCGCUGGCCGCCUCUCUCUCCGCCUACCGCACCCACCUGGCCUGAGCGGCGGCCCCCGCGGCCCCCUGCCGCCACUCCUCUUAGUUCUAGAGAACGUUUUCACACUUAUCUGUGGCAUGUGUUUGUUUUCAGCAUGUUUUCUCCGCCGUAGCUCAGCAUGUCCGUGGAGCAGUCAGGCAGGCAGGCAGCCAGUCAGCCACUGUCCAGCAGGCAGUGGCGCUCCCUCACUCACUACUCAAUCACCACUUACUAUACUUACUAUACUUACUAUACUUACUGGACCAGUAUUUUUGGUACUCAGCCUCGUUACUGUUCCCUCCACUGUAAAUAUUUAUAACGCACACCCCAAGCUUUUUUAAUACAUUUUUAUUAUAAAGUCAGAGUCUCACACGUGUUACAUGUUCAAGACAUGUUACGCUUGAACUUGUAAACCUCAAACCUUCGGCUGAGAGCGGCCGUGAUGCGACGCCCGCCCCGCCCCGCCCCGCCCCACCGGCGCCGCCCCGCCCACCUCCCUCACGCAGCCGAGACCGCUCCUCCUCCUACUCCUCCUCCUUCGUCAGUAGCAACGAACACAAGAGAACGAAAUAUUUGCAUGUUUUUUAACUCAUGAGAAACACUUAUGGAUAAAGACCCCUUGACCUCCGUGAUGACCCAAUGAAAUAUACGGACUAAGGUUACGCCUCUUUGCCUUACGUUGUCCCUCCCCCUGGCUAAAUGAGAGAGAGAGAGAGAGAGAGAGAGAGAGAGAGAGAGAGAGAGAGAGA